UUCGUUCAAAGUUCGUAGUUACUCGAGAUUUAAAUUUUUUCAAAAUAUAAAAAUGCUAAAUCAACGCUUUUUAAGCGGUUUGAUGAUUCUUGUACUAUGCAGCAGUAUGGUAUUUGAUUCGAUUGCGGAACCCACCGUAACCCAGAUGACCGAACUUCUGAGUUAUCCGGGAUGGCGUGGUUUGCCUCCGCUGGAAAUCGUCGACGUCAGUGGAAGGUACAAAAUAAACGAAGUGCUUGGGGACGAUACCGCAGGACCAAUCAAGAUAACAGUCCAAAGCGCAGUUCUUAAAGUUCGACAAGUCCAACUUUUACUGAGUUGCCAGUACACUAUUGAUUUUCUAAUAUAUCAAACAUAUUUAUACAGACUUGGCACAGCAUGCACGUUUAUGGACUCUUCCAUUCAACAGGAAUGUCUGCAAAAGUUUAUGGAGCUAUUAAACCCGGAAACCUUUGUGUCGCGCAUGCAAGGUGCGCUAUCGUUUUUCAGUUUCUUAACUAGGGAAACCGAGUUAAAAACCGCCUUUUUCGAUAUCCUGGAAGAAUUUAGUAACUUGUACGAACCGUUCAGCUUACCUAAUGUUGGAGCUGACGUUGUUAUUAAUUACAAAUUAGACAAAAUUAUAAUGGAAUUCUGCAGAUUAGAAAUAAUCGCUAUCAAUUUUUUCAAAAACUUCUGUGGUCCAGCGGCGCUUUUAAAAGAAAAAUUUGGCGAUUCCAAGUUAAGCACGGUCGACGUAAAACUUAACGAAAUAUAUUUCAAGGCGAUCAGCCAUGUCGAUAAAAUGGGCAUUAUAUACCCUUUGAUUAAAAACGCAAUAAAAGAGUUUUUAGAAAUGGAUUACUUACUCCUGGGUUUCAAAACGGAAUCAAAAGCUACCGUUUUAAAUGAAAUUACCGACUCUAAAUCUCGAGUUCACCAAAUAAAAAUGAUACUAAAAGAGCCUGGCUGGGCACUUUAUUUGCAUCACUUGAAGAUUAUUAGGGGUAAUACGCAAUACGGUGUUAAAAAUCUGUUCCACUGA